AUGUGCUUUUUUUUUCUUUCUUUUUUACUUGCUUUCUUUCUUUCUUUCUUUCCUUUUGUAUUUCUUGCUUGUUUUCUUGUCUAUUUUAUUUUUUCUUUCUUUCUUGCCUUAUUUAUUUUUUCUUUCUUUCUUCACACUCAUUUUUUUAUAUUUUUAUUAAUGAGCUAUAGCUUUCCUUUGUUUGUUUUUUUCAUUCAUUUUUCUUCUAUAUUUUUUUAUUCUUUUUCCUUUUUUGUCAUUCGAACUUUCCUUCAGAGCCUCACCUGCUAUCCUCUUCAACCUUAUCUGCUAACCGCUUCCGUCUCACCAGCUAUCCUCUUCCGCCUCACCAGCUAUUCUCUUCCACCUCACCUGCUAUCCUUUUCAGCUUUACCUGCUAUCCUCUUCCACCUCACCUGCUAUCCUCUUCCGCCUCACCAGCUAUCCUCUUGCGCCUCACCUGCUAUCCUCUUCCGCAUCACCUGCUAUCAUCUUCAUCCUUAUCUGCUAUCCGCUUCCGUCUCACCAGCUAUUCUCUUCCACCUCACCUGCUAUCCUUUUCAGCUUUACCUGCUAUCCUCUUCCACCUCAUCUGCUAUCCUCUUCCGCCUCACCAGCUAUCCUCUUGCGCCUCACCUGCUAUCCUCUUCCGCAUCACCUGCUAUCCUCUUCAUCCUUAUCUGCUAUCCGCUUCCGUCUCACCAGCUAUCCUCUUCCGUCUCACCAGCUAUCCUCUUCCACCUCACCAGCUAUUCUCUUCCACCUCACCUGCUAUCCUUUUCAGCUUUAUCUGCUAUCCUCUUCCACCUCAUCUGCUAUCCUCUUCCGCCUCACCAGCUAUCCUCUUGCGCCUCACCUGCUAUCCUCUUCCGCAUCACCUGCUAUCCUCUUCAUCCUUAUCUGCUAUCCGCUUCCGUCUCACCAGCUAUUCUCUUCCACCUCACCUGCUAUCCUUUUCAGCUUUACCUGCUAUCCUCUUCCACCUCAUCUGCUAUCCUCUUCCGCCUCACCUGCUAUCCUCUUCCGCCUCACCAGCUAUCCUCUUCCACCUCACCAGCUAUCCUCUUAGGCCUCCUGCCAUGCUCUUCCCCUCAUCCUGCUAUCCUCUUCCGCAUCCUGCUAUCCUCUUCCGCCAUACCUGCUAUUCUCUUCCGCCUCAUGCCAUCCCUUCCGCCUCAUGCUAUCUUCUUCCGCCUCCUGCUAUCCUCUUCCGCCUCACCUGCUCUCCUCUUCCGCCUCAUCUGCUAUCCUCUUGCCCUUCUGCUAUCCUCUUCCGCAUCUCCUGCUAUCCUCUUCAUCAUCACCUGCUAUCCUCUUCAUCCUUAUCUGCUAUCCGCUUCCGUCUCACCAGCUAUCCUCUUCCACCUCACCAGCUAUUCUCUUCCACCUCACCUGCUAUCCUUUUCAGCUUUACCUGCUAUCCUCUUCCACCUCAUCUGCUAUCCUCUUCCACCUCAUCUGCUAUCCUCUUCCACCUCACCAGCUAUCCUCUUAGGCCUCCUGCCAUGCUCUUCCGCCUCAUCAGCUAUCCUCUUCCGCCUCAUCAGCUAUCCUCUUCCGCCUCAUCAGCUAUCCUCUUCCGCCUCACCAGCUAUCCUCUUCCGCCUCAUCAGCUAUCCUCUUCCGCCUCAUCAGCUAUCCUCUUCCGCCUCACCAGCUAUCCUCUUCCGCCUCAUCAGCUAUCCUCUUCCGCCUCACCUGCUAUCAGCUUCAGUCUCAUCUGCUAUCCUCUUCCGCCUCACCAGCUAUCCUCUUCCGCCUCAUCAGCUAUCCUCUUCCACCUCACCAGCUAUCCUCUUCCGCCUCAUCAGCUAUCCUCUUCCGCCUCAUCAGCUAUCCUCUUCCGCCUCACCAGCUAUCCUCUUCCGCCUCACCAGCUAUCCUCUUCCGCCUCACCAGCUAUCCUCUUCCGCCUCACCAGCUAUCCUCUUCCGCCUCAUCAGCUAUCCUCUUCCGCCUCACCUGCUAUCCUCUUCCGCCUCACCAGCUAUCCUCUUCCACCUCACCAGCUAUCCUCUUAGGCCUCCUGCCAUGCUCUUCCGCCUCACCUGCUAUCCUCUUCCGCAUCCUGCUAUCCUCUUCCGCCAUACCUGCUAUUCUCUUCCGCCUCAUGCUAUCUUCUUCCGCCUCCUGCUAUCCUCUUCCGUCUCACCUGCUCUCCUCUUCCCGCCUCAUCUGCUAUCCUCUUCCACCUUCUGCUAUCCUCUUCCGCCUCCUGCUAUCCUCUUCCGCCUCACCUGGUAUCCUCUUCCGCCUCACCAGCUAUCCGCUUCCGCCUCACCUGCUAUCCUCUUCCGCAUCCUGCUAUCCUCUUCCGCCAUACCUGCUAUUCUCUUCCGCCUCAUGCCAUCCUCUUCCGCCUCAUGCUAUCUUCUUCCGCCUCCUGCUAUCCUCUUCCGCCUCACCUGCUCUCCUCUUCCGCCUCAUCUGCUAUCCUCUUCCGCCUUCUGCUAUCCUCUUCCGCCUCCUGCUAUCCUCUUCCGCAUCACCUGCUAUCCUCUUCAUCCUUAUCUGCUAUCCGCUUCCGUCUCACCAGCUAUCCUCUUCCGUCUCACCAGCUAUCCUCUUCCACCUCACCAGCUAUUCUCUUCCACCUCACCUGCUAUCCUUUUCAGCUUUACCUGCUAUCCUCUUCCACCUCAUCUGCUAUCCUCUUCCACCUCAUCUGCUAUCCUCUUCCACCUCACCAGCUAUCCUCUUAGGCCUCCUGCCAUGCUCUUCCGCCUCACCUGCUAUCCUCUUCCGCAUCCUGCUAUCCUCUUCCGCCAUACCUGCUAUUCUCUUCCGCCUCAUGCUAUCUUCUUCCGCCUCCUGCUAUCCUCUUCCGUCUCACCUGCUCUCCUCUUCCGCCUCAUCUGCUAUCCUCUUCCACCUUCUGCUAUCCUCUUCCGCCUCCUGCUAUCCUCUUCCGCCUCACCUGGUAUCCUCUUCCGCCUCACCAGCUAUCCGCUUCCGCCUUACCUGCUAUCCUCUUCAGCCUCACCAGCUAUCCUCUUCCACCUCAACGGCUAUCCUCUUCCGCCUCACCAGCUAUCCUCUUCCGCCUCAUCUGCUAUCCUCUUCCACCUCACCAGCUAUUCUCUUCCACCUCACCUGCUAUCCUUUUCAGCUUUACCUGCUAUCCUCUUCCACCUCAUCUGCUAUCCUCUUCCGCCUCACCUGCUAUCCUCUUCUUGCAUCCUGCUAUCCUCUUCCGCCAUACCUGCUAUUCUCUUCCGCCUCAUCUAUCUUCUUCCGCCUCCUGCUAUCCUCUUCCGUCUCACCUGCUCUCCUCUUCCGCCUCAUCUGCUAUCCUCUUCCACCUUCUUCUAUCCCUUCCGCCUCCUGCUAUCCUCUUCCGCCUCACCUGGUAUCCUCUUCCGCCUCACCAGCUAUCCCUUCCGCCUUACCUGCUAUCCUCUUCAGCCUCACCAGCUAUCCUCUUCCACCUCAACGGCUAUCCUCUUCCGCCUCACCAGCUAUCCUCUUCCACCUCACCAGCUAUCCUCUUCCGCCUCACCUGGUAUCCUCUUCCGCCUCACCAGCUAUCCUCUUCCGCCUUACCUGCUAUCCCUUCAGCCUCACCAGCUAUCCUCUUCCACCUCAACGGCUAUCCUCUUAUCCUCUUCCUAUCCUCUUCCACCUCACCAGCUAUCCUCUUCCGCCUCACCUGGUAUCCUCUUCCGCCUCACCAGCUAUCCCUUCCGCCUUACCUGCUAUCCCUUCAGCCUCACUGCUAUCCUCUUCCACCUCAACGGCUAUCCUCUUCCGCCUCACCAGCUAUCCUCUUCCGCCUCAUCUGCUAUCCUCUUCCGACUCAGCAGCUAUCCCUCUUCCGCCUCAUCUGCUAUACUCUUCCGACUCCCCAGCUAUCCUCUUCCGCCUCACCUGCUAUCAGCUUCAGUCUCAUCUGCUAUCCUCUUCCGCCUCACCAGCUAUCCUCUUCCGCCUCACCAGCUAUCCUCUUCCGCCUCACCAGCUAUCCGCUUCCGCCUUACCUGCUAUCCUCUUCAGCCUCACCAGCUAUCCUCUUCCACCUCAACGGCUAUCCUCUUCCGCCUCACCAGCUAUCCUCUUCCGCCUCAUCUGCUAUCUUCCACCUCACCAGCUAUUCUCUUCCACCUCACCUGCUAUCCUUUUCAGCUUUACCUGCUAUCCUCUUCCACCUCAUCUGCUAUCCUCUUCCGCCUCACCUGCUAUCCUCUUCCGCAUCCUGCUAUCCCUUCCGCCAUACCUGCUAUUCUCUUCCGCCUCUGCUAUCUUCUUCCGCCUCCUGCUAUCCUCUUCCGUCUCACCUGCUCUCCUCUUCCGCCUCAUCUGCUAUCCUCUUCCACCUUCUAUCCCUCUGCCUCCUGCUAUCCUCUUCCGCCUCACCUGGUAUCCUCUUCCGCCUCACCAGCUAUCCGCUUCCGCCUUACCUGCUAUCCUCUUCAGCCUCACCAGCUAUCCUCUUCCACCUCAACGGCUAUCCUCUUCCGCCUCACCAGCUCUUCCACCUCCAGCUAUCCUCUUCCGCCUCACCUGGUAUCCUCUUCCGCCUCACCAGCUAUCCGCUUCCGCCUUACCUGCUAUCCUCUUCAGCCUCACCAGCUAUCCUCUUCCACCUCAACGGCUAUCCUCUUCCGCCUCACCAGCUAUCCUCUUCCACCUCACCAGCUAUCCUCUUCCGCCUCACCUGGUAUCCUCUUCCGCCUCACCAGCUAUCCGCUUCCGCCUUACCUGCUAUCCUCUUCAGCCUCACCAGCUAUCCUCUUCCACCUCAACGGCUAUCCUCUUCCGCCUCACCAGCUAUCCUCUUCCGCCUCAUCUGCUAUCCUCUUCCGACUCAGCAGCUAUCCUCUUCCGCCUCAUCUGCUAUACUCUUCCGACUCCCCAGCUAUCCUCUUCCGCCUCACCUGCUAUCAGCUUCAGUCUCAUCUGCUAUCCUCUUCCGCCUCACCAGCUAUCCUCUUCCGCCUCACCAGCUAUCCUCUUCCGCCUCACCAGCUAUCCUCUUCCGCCUCAUCAGCUAUCCUCUUCCGCCUCACCAGCUAUCCUCUUCCGCCUCACCAGCUAUCCUCUUCCGCCUCACCAGCUAUCCUCUUCCGCCUCAUCAGCUAUCCUUUUCCACCUCAACUGCUAUCCUCUUCAGCCUUACCUGCUAUCCGCUUCCGUCUAACUUGCUAUCCUCUUCCGCCUCACCUGCUAUCCUCUUCCGCCGCACCUACGAGGAACGCUGGACCAUUUCUGUCCCAUUGA